CCUUCCUAUUCAGCCGCAACAGCGCCUCUAUCCCGUGACAAGCCUCUCCCUGACACUUAUCCAAACCGUGCAAGAGCAAUGCUCCGCUUAAUAAGGUACUCUAUCCGAGUGACUGCGUGCCCAUUUGAGCCCACGCAUUAGUGCCGCUAAACGCAGGAACCCAUUGGCCCAGGGACACCAUGGACAUCAGUAGCCCCGGCAGACAACAUGCAACUCCCACUGGGCAGCCUUUAGCGAUUGGCCUGGUAGUCUUUUUGCUUCUCCUACCUCUUCUAAUCAGGCAUCCGUGGGCCAUCCUCGAUUGAAUCUUGCCAGAAGGGAUGCCCAAUCAUUGUCCGGAAUGUGUGGGGGUCAGCGAGGCGCCUUUUCGUCACUGGCCUCAGCCUCGCCGGCGAAAAUAAUAAGAAGGUCGUGAUCGUCCAAGGACUGAACCCUCCUUCAGCCUUCUUCUGUUAGACCAUCCGCCAUUUUAAAUUCAGAGCGAAUAUCUCCAGCAUGGUGGAAAUUGUCGGUACAAUCUCCGCCCUCUUCGCUGUCACCGAAGCUGUUACAAAGUUGUCCUCGACAAUCUCACAGAAGUAUUUCUUUUCGCUUCCACGGUCCAACUCAGAAUUUUUCGGUCGUCCAAAGGAGCUUCAACGUAUGCAAAGGUUUCUCAUUCCAUCAGACGACACGCAAGAGUCAGAAGAGCUCCCCGAUACUGAUUAUGUCCCGGACGAUGGCGAUAAACACGAGGACCACACGUCUACGAGUAUGUCCAGAUGGAAGAACAGACCACUCGUCCUAUUGGGGCUUGGAGGUGUAGGGAAAACGGAGCUAGCCACAGAGUAUGCACAUCGCCACAAGGGCUACUACGAGACGAUUUUAUGGAUCAAUUGCAGAACACGAUUGGUGUUUCAAGAAAGAAUCAAACACAUUUCGCGAGCACUGGGUCCGGAGAGCUUAUCUCGUGAUUCCUGGGAUCUUUCCUGGAUGUAUCUUUCAUUCUGGCUUCAAGCAAGAAGUAAGUUGAACUCUCCGGCUGGAACAGUUCUGACGUCUUUAGAGCGUCCGUGGCUUAUCGUUCUCGACGAUGUGGAAGAUGGUACCGUCUUACAGGACGUACAGCUACCUCGAAAUCAUCGAGGCUCCAUAAUCAUUACCACCCGGAGUCGACUCGCAGCGGAAGUUGGGAUCGAGCUACCCAUCGAGCCUUUGACCCCAUCAGACGGGGCAGAACUUCUCCUAAGUCUUAUCGGUCAAAAGGAAUAUGACAGCAUUGACAGAACGGCAGCACUCAAUCUCAGCGAGCUUCUGGGUGGACUUCCACUGGCUCUUUCGCAAGUAGCUCGGAACAUACGGGGGACCUCGACUAGUCUGACUAUGUGCCUGGCAGGUUUUCGGGCAGUGCCCAAUCUUUCGAGAACGCACGGCAAAUAUGAUCUUACGCUUUCAUCAACGUAUUUGCUGUCUUUUAAACGCUUGAGUCCAGGUGCCUUCCGAUUGAUGGGUGUGCUCAGUGUCUUAGAUCCUGACAAAAUUCCCCAUGUUCUGUUAUCAGAGUACGCAGUAUCAGUGCCAAUGAGGGAGCUUGUUUCAUACUCUCUUGUCGGAGAUCUCUCGAUCGAAUCUAAUGCAUUCUAUGUGCAUCGGUUGGUUCGGUCUGCGUUUCUAGAGCAUUUGAGCGACAAAGAACACUCGGACGCACUUGAUACAGCGUCAGAAUUAAUCCUUCGGGCGUCGAGGCUAAUAUUGCCGUUAAAUGCUCAUGACUCGAUACUUAUUCCACAUAUUCUGUCGCUCUUGCAGGCAAAUGCAGCCAAUCGUCUACCUAAUUUCAAAAAACUGGAAGAGUUGGCGCAACGUUUCUCAGAGCAAGACAAUGACUCCAGUAUCGAUCUGUCCAAGGGACUAUUGAAACGGGCACUUACAGAAUCUGGUGAGCAAGGCUUCAUGACCAGCGAUGAAACCGCAUCAGUAUUCUCAACAGAUCAUAGCAUCUCAUCUAUGACAAGCAUGUCUGCUGUGGAUAGUAUGGAUGGCAUAACACGGAUGGUGACUAUCUUCCGGGAAGAUGAAACCCUGAUGAACAUCGCGUCCUGUGCAAAGCAAACGACUUUUUCGAGCACUUUUGAACGAGACUUUGCGGACCUUCUUGCGAUCUUUUCGGAGCAGUUAUGGAGAGAGGCCACCCAGCGAAUCGAGUAUGAGACUGCGGCAUGGAUUGGAAAGGCGCGGUUUCGAAUUUCCGCCGCUUUUUGUAGGGCGUUGAAGCACAAAGAAAGAUUAGAGCUUCCUCAACAGAAUCCCUUGCCUGAGGAAGCCAAGGUGCGGCGUUAUCUUCAGAGCAUUGAUGACAGCGACGAUGGGGAGGAGAAUAAAGAUGUGAGCCUUACUAAUCAAGAAGUACCCAGCUUCGACGACGAGAUAUCGCAGUUUACUCCCAGCCAUGUGUUUCAUCUGCAGCAAAGCCUUGAGCUCUUUAUCACCGAGUCGUUAUCGUUUACAAGGCUGAAGAGUGAUCUCCGCAGCCUUUAUGAUGAGAAAGUAGAACGGGCUGCGGCCUUGUCAACAUGGCCCAUAUAUAAGUCCCAACUGGUCUCUGGCGUCAUCAACUCCGAGAUCUCGCUCGUUACCAGGAUGGAAACCCUGCGCUCCCAGGGUAUAUCCAUUGCGGGUGGCCUACAAUUGGCUCUACUCAGAAUAAUAGCUGUAAUGCUGUCGAUAAGCUAUUCGAUUCUCACUGGAGCCCUGUGGUCGACAGCUCAUAUACAAGCCACUCAACGGAAGUGGGCAUGUUAUAGCACAGGCGCUGGCCGCAUCUCCGCGAGAUGGACAUGUGCUUGUGGUCAGAUGAUAUUCGACGAAUUCUUGGAGCUCAAGGAGGGCGCAGUUGAGGCGGCCAUGAAAGAGCUUAGCUCAGUCACUCGAACGUCCAAAGGCCAGGCGGCAAAUAAUAAAGGUGGUCCCCGUUUGGGUUCUCUGCGGGGCGCUACCCAAACAGCUAAAGAUUGGGCCACUGCUUCAUACACAACUUUGGAUAAUACUCUAACUAGUUGGCGAAGGACGAGGGCACAGCAAAAUAACAUGGUCAAGGCUAAGGCAUCGAGUUCAAGGCACCUGUCUAGCACCCUUUCUCAACGGUUCCUCUUUCUUUGCAUUUCUCAGUCGAGAGGAUACGUCAAGACAACAAUGAUCCCGGUUGACCUCGAUUUAAAUUCAGAUGGGGAGCUGUUUCUAAAGCUUAAGUCAGAGUAUCUCAAGCUGGUUGGUCCGUUCAGGCGUUACCUAUCUCUACGGAGUCUAAAGGAUAUCAGGUUUGUUCAGUUCAACAUUACCCGUCACCAACUCAUCGAUAUUCUUGCGCACUCCCGUGCUAUCAAUGACGCAGAGAAACGACAGAGCCUGCCACCGCAUAACCACCCCGACUACUCUUACUCGCCUACUCCCGUAACCAUGAUACCACCAGUUGGUCAUGACAGCCUGCGUCAUUGCUACGAGUGUCCCAACGAGUUCCGUGGCAGUGAUCACUGUCUAACUCGCUUCCCCGGGCAUCUUAAGAGUAUGGUCACGAUGCUGAACGGUGCUGAUGAAAAUAAAGCCUGGGGCGUCCAGCUUCUUGAUGGGAGAGACUACGCGUUCCUUUGGGUUACUGGGCUUAUAGUGUCCCUUGCUUCGCUUGCCUUUGGGAUCUCGUGGGCUGUGAUUCGAGAUGAUAUUUCUGGUGGGUUCACAGUUGCUGGCUAUACUGCUACCACUCUUGCGUGCUUUGUUGGGACGCUUCAGUAUAUGCUGUAG